UCUCGGCGGGGCGGGGGCGGUUAACGGCCGGGGCGGGGCGGUUGGGGCGGUUAACGGCCGGCGCGCGGGGGCGGGGCGGCGCGCGGUGUCCCAGCAACGCGGGAUGGCGGCGGGCGAGCGGGAGGGACGCGACUACCUGCAGCGGCACCGCAUCCCCGAGCUGCUCCACCGCCUCGGCGAGCUGCUGCUCUACCACCGCCCCGAAAGGCCACGCGAGUUCCUGAUCCAGGUGCUGGAAAGGGUGAAGGCCGGAAAACGAGCCGAGGGGGAGUACCCGUACCUCAUGGACGAGGACAACCUGGCCGCCAUGUUCAGCUUGCUGGAUGUCGUCGGCCAAGGGCACAUAACAGCAGCACAGUACAGAGAAGCUCUUAAAACUUUGGGACUAAGUACUGAAGAUCUACAGUUUGGAGAUGAUGUGAAUAUUACACUGGAUGUAUUCAAGGAGGAAGUGAAGAAAAAGAUGCUGGCAAGCUGGGCUGUAUAUUAGUUUGAGCAGUGGUCUGCUAUAUAUGUUAAAGACAGGCUUCUCAAUUCUUCUUCUGCUUUGUUAGCUGUGGAUAGCUGAUUUUAAGCAGUACUGUCUUUUCUUUGUUUUCCAUCCCCCCCAUUUGAAAAGGAAAAAUGACAAGAACUUGUUCAUGUUUACCAGGCACUGGACAGGUAUCUUUUGAGAAUUGCUUUUCUUAAUGCAAUUAGAUGGUUAAAAAAAAGUAGAGAUCUCUUUUUCACAACUCAAAAAAGUAGUUUAGAGUUUCUUCAGGUUGUAGCUUACAGUAAGAAGGUAUUGCUUAUUGGCUCAUUACCAUUGAAUAAAUAUAUCUUUAAGAGCUGAGCUGGUUUGGGUGGUUUUUAGCCUUGUGUUUUGUGGGUUUUGUUUGUUUGUUUUUAAAGGAAAGACCAACUUCAGCAAGUUAUGACAAAUGUCCACAAUUAAUGGUAGCACUUCCAAAUAAAAUGCUAUUUCCAAACUUACAACACAGCAUAAAUGCAAUUUUUAAGUAGAAACGAAAAAAAAAAAAAAAAAGGGAGAGACACUGUUACAGCAAAGAAAAAAUAAACUGAACUAGUACAAAUAAAA